AACCCAAACUCUUUCUUCACAGUCUCAAACAUUCUAAUCUUUCAAUUCUCUCUUAAUUGUUGAAUUUCUUUGAAUCUCUUUUCUUUAUCUUUCUACUAUGGCUCCCUACACCGUUGUUUUGAUGCUAGUUGCUACAUUGUUGGUAAGUUCCACCAUUGCUCAAUCUCCAUCUUCAUCUCCCACCAAAUCACCUGUUGCCUCUCCACCCAAAUCUUCUUCGCCGUCUCAAUCUCCAGCUGUUUCUCCCACAGCUAACUCACCGGCGGCAUCUCCUCCUGUCCCUGUGAAGAACGCUCCAUCUCCUUCACCAUCCACCCCCAGUUCUCCACCAUCUCCUCCUUCCCCUUCCCCAGCUACUCCCGCCACCGCUCCUGCCGUCACUCCAUCAGCAAUCUCUAAUCCUCCAUCUGAAGCCCAAUCACCUUCCAAUAGCGGCGCCGCUUUGAGCAGAUUCACCGUCGCCGGAUCUGCUGCUGUUGUGAUUUUCGCUGCUGCGUUGAUGAUGUAGAGAGAUACUUUUACUUUUUAAUUAGAUCUAUUUUGAUUUUAAUCACGAAUGUACAUGGAUCGUGACUUUUACUUUUUUGUUUGUGUUGUUUCGAUCUGUGUGAUGACUCAUUCAUUUAAUUAAUUUGUGAUGUAUUUUUUAUUUUAAUGAGUGAUACUUUUAUUUUUCUCA